UUGAGACAGCUGUGCACUCUUGAUUUGAAUAUGACAACCAGAAAUGGGCCCCUUUCCCUGGUGCAAACACACUUGGAAAAUCAAUCUAGAUAUCACAUACAGCAGAGCCAGAGACAUCAAGUGAAACAGUACCUGAUGCUUGAUACAAAACUUUCCAGCCAGACACUCUCGCUAUCCCAUUCGCAUACAGCCCAGCCUGCAGGAGUUGCGCCUGUACUAAGAAAUGGACACAUGCCUCCUGUCAGUGAUAUUGGCGCUCCGGAAAGUCCAGUUUCCAAGUUAUUGCCUCUUGGAGAAGAACGUGAGAACGCGAUGGAGGAGGUUAUUGAUGACAUAAUCAAUAUGGAAUCAAGUUUUAAUGAUGAAGGGAUAGGUUGCUCCGAAGCUCCCCUACUAAUGCAAAGAACUCUGUCUAAUAACAUUUUGGAUAUAUACAACAGUGACCAGGGAAUAUCACCUGCUAAUAUGGGUCUUACAAAUGCUUCCUGCCCAGCUAUCCUACCAGUAAAAAGGGAAAUCACAGAAGCAGAUACACGGGCAAUGGCAAAGGAGAGACAAAAAAAGGAUAACCACAACCUCAUUGAAAGAAGAAGAAGGUAUAAUAUUAAUUACCGAAUCAAGGAGCUUGGCACGCUUAUUCCAAAGUCCAAUGAUCCUGAUAUGCGCUGGAACAAAGGAACUAUUUUAAAAGCAUCAGUGGAGUACAUCAAGUGGCUACAAAAAGAACAACAGAGAGCCAGAGAAUUAGAACACAGACAGAAGAAAUUAGAGCAGGCUAACAGAAGACUUCUACUUCGAAUUCAGGAACUAGAAAUCCAGGCUCGUGCUCAUGGUCUGCCAGUCAUGUCUUCACUUGCUGCUGUGGAUUUAGCUGCCCAAGUCAUCAAGCAACAGACAUAUCCAGAAGAGAAUGUCAUAGACUAUUCUCAGCAAAUGGCUCUGACUCAUGGACCAAGUUCUGACAUUUGUGAUGGAUCGAUAGCCUUUUCCGAUCCACUUUCGCACUUCACAGAUCUCUCUUUUAGUGCCGCUUUAAAAGAAGAACAAAGGUUAGAGGAAAUUUUACUCGAUGACACAAUAUCGCCAUUUGGAACAGAUCCACUCUUGUCUUCCACAUCACCUGCUGCAUCAAAAGAGAGUAGUCGGAGAAGUAGCUUUAGUACCGAUGAUGGAGAUGAUUUGUAGAACUAGAUAGGCCCUGAUGAUAUUUUUUUAAUCAUUUGCUGGUGCUAAAAAAUUGUGUUAUGAAUUUAAGUUUGAUGUUGGUGCUUACUUCAAAUAAGAAAACAAAGAACUGUUGUGGUAACAAGCUGUUGUGUGGGUAGGGCUUAGCUGAGGCAAACUUCAUAGAACAAUAGAGUUGUAUCUCCUUAUCCUGGAACUAGCUACAGAUCCUUCUUUAUUUACCAGAAAGGUUUGUUUUUUUUUCCAUCUUUUCUUCUAUUCUUACAGAAGUAUUAAAAUAGUUCCCACAAAACCAUGUCACAAAAUUAUACUCAAAUACGCUGUUGAAUUUAGUACUCAUUUCUCCCAAAUUUAUUCAAGACUUUUAGUUGUAAGCAUUUAUUAAUUUCUUUUUAAGUGAAAAAUAGAAAAUUUGAAUAAAACCAAUGGCUAUGUAACAUGAACUGCAAUGGGGAAAUGUUUGAAUGUGAUCUACUUACAAUAGAGAUGUUAAAAUCAUUAUAAAAGGUGGGAGACUAAUGCUGCAUGAACUGCAUGCACUUGUAUUUAAAAUAAGACCACAAAGUUCAUAAAGUUGUUUUUUGAAUCCAUAUUUCAGUUUUUAUUCACCUAUAGAAAAUAUCAAACAUUCAGUAUUCAUUAUUGUGCAUUUUAGUGUUACCAAAGAAAACCAGAAAUAUAACAAUAGGGAUAAAAAAAGCAAUCAAACAAAAACCAAAUUUAUUGGACAGAUACAGAUCAGGUUUCAGCAAUUUAAAAAGAGGUUACUUAGUCAACAGAAUAAAGUAAGAGUGCAUGUGGGCGUGUCUACAUGAGACGCUAUGUCGCCAUAGUGACGAGCUACGGCAAUGCACAGUUGGCAGACACGAAUCAUGAUGCCGACGCUACUGCACAGUAGGGUCAAAAACGACUUGGGCGCCUCUGGGACUGUACAGUAACAACUUGCUAAAGCAAGUACUAAAUGACUGUGCAGUAACAUCUGUGUAGUUGGGCGCACGUGUAGAUGCGCCCUGCAUGUAUAGGAUGCAAUGGAGAUAUUCAGUGUUACAAUUAGUAUAAAUUAAAACAGCCACUGUUGCUAAUAGUAAUAUCAGUUAUUUGUCAUGUACCCAGGUGGUGUCCUUCUUUGAUGGUGGCUAAUCACAAUUGAAUAAUAGGAUACUGUAUUUUCCAAGAAAACUUUUUCAAGCCAUGAAGUGUGUCUUGGUUCCUUUGAUGGCAUAGUAGGGUUUUUCUAAAGGGACAAGUCCUAACUCUAUACCAAUAUUUUUGAUCCAGUUGGAUGUGGAGGAUGAGAUGUACUACAUUCCCUUGCAUGCAUUUUGGCAGAGAAUUUCACUUUAAAUUUGCCUCUAGAUUCAUUAUCAAAAAGAUAAGUAGUGUCUGGAGCCAAAGGAAAUAUUCCUGAAGCUGUUGUUCUGAUCCACUCCUUUAUCACACUCGCAUGCUAGUAAUGGGCAUUCAAAACAUAUGGAUUUGACUUAGAGCUUCAGCAGUUAGAGAACAGGCAGAAGACGCAUCAUCUUCAUAUACGGUGAAAUUUU